AUGAAAAAGGAUUUCAACGAUGACUUCAUCCUAGAAAUCGAAAUCAUCAAAAGAGCUAGAGAUGAAUCACCUCUGAAUAAGAUUCAUGUCGCCCUACGCGUUCUUCAAUUACUAUCAUUUAUGGCUAUGACCAGCAUGGUGGUCUUUAUUCCAGAUUGUUCGGCAAUGAAUAUCUUGGACACGUAUGCUUUCUUGUUCACAGUUGGAUGUAAUUACUUCCUUGCACAGGUUUUGUUCGCUGAUAUGAUCGAUAGGAACCAAUUGUAA